AUGUCUUCGACUCAGCCAUCUUUGUCGACUUCUACUGCGUCUGGUAUACCUGAUCCUCAGGCGUCUAAGAUGGGUAGCAUUGGCACAGGGAGUGCGCCGCCGCCGACGACUUCAAAGCAUAACUAUAAGGGGUUCGUGGCGGGUGUGUUUUCAGGGAUUGCGAAGCUGAGUGUUGGUCAUCCAUUCGAUACCGUCAAAGUUCGUUUACAGACUAGUAAAGAUGGUCAUUUCAAGGGCCCCUUGGACUGUGUGCUACAGACCGUGCGAAAGGAGGGUGUGGGUGGAUUAUACAAGGGAGCAACGCCACCGCUGGUCGGAUGGAUGGUGAUGGACUCUAUCAUGCUUGGCUCUUUGACGCUCUAUCGUCGACUGCUUCUCGAGAACUUAUUCUCAAAGCCGCAAUUCCGCUCCCUCAUGCCAUUUACUACACAUCAACCGGACCUGCAUAUGCUACCUAGUUUCGGCCACGGAAUUGCUGGCAUUAUGGCUGGCACUACAGUCAGCUUUGUAGCUGCCCCAGUAGAACAUGUCAAAGCGCGAUUACAAAUCCAAUAUGCUGCGGAAAAGUCGAAGCGCAUGUACAGUGGACCCAUUGACUGCGUUCAUAAGAUUCUUCGCACGCACGGAAUUUCUGGGUUGUAUCGCGGUCUUUGUGCCACGAUGUUAUUUCGCUCGUUCUUUUUCUUCUGGUGGGGGUCAUAUGACGUACUGACGCGGUGGAUGAAAAAAAAGACGAACUUGUCGGCGCCAGCAAUCAAUUUUUGGGCUGGGGGAAUCUCUGCCCAGGUCUUUUGGAUCACCUCGUAUCCGUCAGAUGUCGUGAAGCAGCGAAUUAUGACGGACCCUAUGGGCGGUGCGCUUGGGGACGGACAGCGCCGGUUCCGAUGGUGGAAGGAUGCUGCAGUGGCGGUUUAUCGCGAGCGAGGAUGGAGAGGAUACUGGAGGGGAUUUGUACCGUGCUUCCUUCGAGCAUUCCCAGCGAACGCGAUGGCGUUGGUAGCCUUCGAAGGAGUGAUGCGGUGGCUGCCGUAA